AUGGUUGAAAACCCACGGCUCCAGCGAAUGAAGGAGCGCAUGUCGCAAUAUCAAUUUACUGCAGUGUGGCACACUGGCAAGUCUCUAUGCAUCCCAGAUGCACUUUCUCGUGCACCAGUCAGCUACCCCACCUCUGAGGAUGUGACUGGCUGUGCUGAGGUAACGGCACAUGUCAGAUCUGUCAUCAACGCUACAACAGCUUCCCAGGACGAGGAUGCCCCAACCAUUGAUGCCGACUGGACCCUACAGGACAUGUCGAUAGCAGCACAGGCCGACCCCACCUACAUUCGCCUUCGCGAUUGCAUCAGUUCUGGGUUUCCCACGAACCGCUAUGACCUACAUGCAUCCUUAUCACCAUACUGGAAGCUGCGAGAAGCCCUCUCUACUGAUGGCAACCUCGUGCUCUACCGGGCAAGAAUACUAGUUCCUGCAGCUCUACGUCGCCGCACACUCGCCAGACUCCAUGAUAGUCACCGUGGUGUCGAGGCUACCAAACGUCGGGCUCGACAAACUGUCUUCUGGCCUGGGAUAGACUCGGACAUCGCCAACACCGUCUCUGCCUGCGAGCCGUGCCAAGUCCUGCGUCCCAGCCAACAACAAGAGCCUCUCCACAACGACGACCAUCCAUCCAGGCCCUUUGAGUCAGUAUCGGCGGACUUCUUCCAGGUAGCUGGGAAGUCCUUUCUUGUAGUCGCCGACCGCCUCUCCGGCUGGCCUGUGGUUGUCCCUUGCAAGGGUGACACUACUGCCUCCUCGACCAUACUGCACUUCUGCCGCUACUUCAGAGAGGUGGGUGUUCCCUUACGCCUGCGCACCGAUGGAGGACCUCAGUUUACCAGUAAAGAAUUUGCCGACUUCACAGAACGUUGGGGUGUACACCACAUCACCUCAUCGCCACAUUACCCACAGUCUAAUGGACAUGCUGAGGCCGCCGUCAAGGCUGUCAAGCACUUGAUCUUCAAAACGGCCCCCACAGGAAACAUUGACUGCGAGGAUUUCGAUCGUGGUCUCCUUGAGUUAAGAAACACCCAACCAGUCUGGUCGCUCUCCUGCCCAGGUACUGAAUUAAGAGGCACUCAGCACUAUUACCACGAGGGAGAAGCCAAUAACGCUCAAUAUAUUUCACGGUGUAUCUCAUUUGAAGAAUAUAGUGUUUGUGAAUUAGCAUUGCAUUGUUUAGAUAUAACUGACUAA